AUGACGGAGGCCUGGCAGCAGCAGCAGCACGCGGUGGCCCCUCCCUCCGUGGUGCACACGCUCCCCCAGGGCACGGACAACCCCCUGGGCUGCACGGUGUACGGGGUGGUGCUGCAGCCGGACGCCUCCCUGCAGCAGCCCCAGCACCCCCAGCAGCACGUGGUCCAGGUCCAGCAGGCCUCCCUGCAGGUGGGGGGCGACAGAGGCCACAAGUGCGGCGUGUGCGGCCAUGACCUCUCGCACCUGGCCAACCCCCACGAGCACCAGUGCAUGGUGAGCCAGGACCGGUCGUUCCAGUGCACGCAGUGCAUGAAGAUCUUCAGCCAGGCCACGGACCUGCUGGAGCACCAGUGCGUGCAGGUGGAGCAGAAGCCUUUCGUGUGCGGCGUCUGCAAGAUGGGCUUCUCCCUGCUCACCUCGCUGGCCCAGCACCACAACUCCCACGGCAACGGCAACAACCCCAUGAAGUGCUCCAUCUGCGAGAAGACCUACCGGCCCGGCUCCGGCAACGUCACGCCGACUUCCUCGGCCGCCAACCCGCAGCAGCCCUCCACGGGGGAGACGUCCAGCGGGGGGGCGGCCAUCGGCGCCUCCUCGCCGCCCACCUUCGAGGCCUCGGCGCCGGACCGGCCCUACAAGUGCUCGGUGUGCCACAAGUCCUUCCGGCACCUGUCGGAGCUGACGCGCCACGAGCGCAUCCACACGGGCGAGAAGCCCUACAAGUGCGACACCUGCGACAAGAGCUUCAGCCAGUCCUCGCACCUGGCCCACCACCAGCGCACGCACAGCUCCGAGAGGCCCUACAAGUGCGCCGUGUGCGAGAAGAGCUUCAAGCACCGCUCCCACCUGGUGCGCCACAUGUACGCGCACUCGGGCGAGCACCUGUUCAAGUGCAACCUGUGCGAGAUGCACUUCAAGGAGUCCUCGGAGCUGCUGCACCACCAGUGCCAGCCGGAGGGCGAGCGGCCCUUCCGCUGCGGCUCCUGCGGCAAGAGCUUCAAGCGCCCGUCCGACCUGCGCCAGCACGAGCGCACGCACUCCGAGGAGCGGCCCUUCCAGUGCGAGGAGUGCCAGAUGAGCUUCAAGCAGCAGUACGCGCUGGUGCGCCACCGCCGGACCCACAAGAACCCGGCCGACCGGCCCUUCAAGUGCAACCUGUGCGACAAGGGCUUCCUGCAGCCCUCGCACCUGCUCUACCACCAGCAGGUGCACGGCAUGGAGAGCCUCUUCAAGUGCGCCUCCUGCCAGAAGUCCUUCAGCCAGUCGGGCGAGCUGCUGCGCCACAAGUGCGGCGGCGAGGUGGAGAAGCCCUACAAGUGCGAGGUGUGCGGGAAGGGCUACAAGAAGAACUCCACGCUGCAGCGCCACCAGAACACUCACUGCGCCGAGAAGCCGCUCAAGUGCUCGCUGUGCGACAAGCGCUUCGUGUCCUCCUCCGAGUUCGUGCAGCACCGCUGCGACCCCACCCGCGAGAAACCGCUCAAGUGCCCCGACUGCGAGAAGCGCUUCCGCUACUCCUCGGAGCUGCAGCGCCACCGCCGCGUGCACACCGGCGAGAAGCCCUUCAAGUGCGCCAGCUGCGACAAGAGCUUCAAGCAGCGCGAGCACCUGGCCAAGCACCAGAGCGUGCACUCCCGGGAGACGCAGUUCAAGUGCGUGUGGUGCGGCGAGCGCUUCGUGGACCUGACCGCCCUCCAGGAGCACACCGUCCAGCACACCGCCGAGGGCGAGAGCUUCCCCGAGGCGCCCUGCAUCCCCUGA